CGAUUAUAACAAUCAGCACACUUAUAAUUGUGUUAUUGUAUAUUGUGGUACUAAAACAACUCUUCAAUUCAUCCCACUGUGAAGGCGCUGUACUCGAAUCAGAAAUCUUCUCUGUCAUUAGCAGGCAGCUAAAUAUCCAUUAUAGCAAGUAAGAUGAUUUUCAUUGAAGAACUUGACAGCCGCCUCCCUCACUGAUUGAUUGAUUGACUGGCGCGUCAUACCUAGCAUUGCAACAGACACAAUCUACCCUUGGUUAGAUAACGUGUCUUUCCAGUUUUACUUUUGUAGAAUCGUAGUAGUUAUCGGCGAAAUUGUGAAGUAGCUGCCAUUAAGUUGUCUACGGUACGUGCUAACGGCGAACGUAGUAACUAGCUUGACAGACAGGCUGAGGCGGUUUGAACAAGAGUCCCUAGAGUGCAUUCAUCAGUAAAACGGUUGAAUACUUAUGGCCUCCUUUGCUCCACACAACUUCUCCUGGGUGGAGCCAGGCAAACUGGCUGGACUGGCGAUGCCUAGGAUACCAUGUGAAUACCGGUAUAUGGUGGACAAUGGAAUCAAGCACCUGGUUUGCCUCUGUGAGAGGAAACCACCCAACCAUGACUCGUGCCCAGAGUUAGAGCUUCACCACAUCAAGAUAGCUGACUUUACUCCUCCUUCAUCCAAUCAGAUUGAUAGAUUCCUCUCUAUUGUGGAAGAGGCCAACUCCAAGGGUGAGGGUGUGGCAGUUCACUGCAUGCAUGGCCAUGGGAGAACAGGGACAAUGCUGGCCUGCUACCUGGUGAAGACCAGGAAGAUUUCUGGGAUUGACGCGAUCAACGAGAUCCGUAGACUGCGGCAAGGUGAUCAGCUGCGAUGUGCGCGUCUCAGGCUGGGGAUAGCCUGCUGAAAUUAGGGUAUGUGUGUGGGGUGGGGGUGUGCACAGACGUGAGAACCCCUUGCAAACCCCCCAUCAGCACGUCAUGGAACAUUUGCAGAACAGGGACCUCCCACCUUAAAGGCGUGCAACAGAGAGCAGACACAACAGUGAGAUCUGCCCUGCACCGGACUCUCUGUCUCAGUUGACAAAUACUCCUGCAGCUGCUGUGGUUUCAGUGCAGAAAAAGAGCAAAGACCAGCUUUGAAAGAUAUUCUGCAGAGGCUUACCGGUCAGCGUGCAACAUGAAAAUAACUUUACUGCUGCUGCAUUUUUCAGAGCCAGAAGAGGAUGUGUUGUUUUCCCGGGUCAUCUGUGCACAGCGGGGGUGCAUAGAUCUGUUUUGCACCGUCAGACUGCUUAAAAUGUCCCAGGCGGCUGGGGCGUUACACAUGUUGACACAAGGGGGCGCCAAAGGGAGGCAACAAAUGAGAUCAAGUCAGUGUAAUCAAGGUUGACUUUAUUGAAACAUUAAUUAAUAAACUUUCCACAAAGCAUAUCUCAAAGAAAAGCAGCAAUUUCACAGUGUUUGAUGUCAUUGGUCCCAAAAUGACAGAAACUUGCCUGGGUUUCUGGGUGAGAAACUAAAGGAAAACCAUGGUGUUCUGUGUAAAAAUGUCAAGCAGGCCCAGCUGAAACUCUAUCAAGAUAACAAGAAAAAAAAAGGUCUUACAAGUGAAAAGGGAUUCAUUAGGAACAAUGAGUAAAGCAAUAUUAGCAUUUACAGGUAGGGAAAAGUUUAUUAAAUGGAAUUGGAAACUGUGGUCAACACCGCACAUUUGUUGACUCUGAUGCUUGUGCAUUAGUGCGAUUUGUACAGGAAAACAGGAGGAACUCUUCCUCGGGCUACUGAGGAUGUCAGUGCAGGGCAUCGUCUCACCCCGCAGCAACAGUCGGUCAGCAAUUACAUGAAGAGGGAUGUUACACUGGAUCUGCAGGGCAUAGCCCCAGUAUUACAAAGAUGAUUGCACAUUUCAGAGCCAGGGGUGUUUAGAGACAUGGAAAUAUUAAUCAGCUUUUACUAUAUUAAGAAAGAAAUGUACUAACUUAAAUGUUUGCUCCUUAAAGUGUAGUAACCCAGCGGAUUACCAGCUUGCUCUGAGGUCACUGAAAAUCAAUACAAUGUUGUUCUGAGUGGUAACUCUUAUCCUGUAAUAACAAUUUCUGCCCUGAGGAGUAUAAAAGGUUUCAGUUUUGAGGAGCAUAAAAAUGAUGGUCUUAGAACACAUAUUUCUGGACUGACAGCAGUUUCCCCGUCACCAGAAAAAAUUUAGGGAAUAUCUUUUAGAAGUACAAAGUUCCAUCUCUUCAUUUAGUUUCAGACACUUAUGGAAUAAUUGCCAAUGAA